AUGGAUUCUCUUCGCCAACCAGUAGCAGGAGACGAUGAGCAACAUCAUGAUCAGUUUUGUGUGAAGGUGAUGAAACGCCUCAAUAUUCAACGAAGGAAUGAACAUCUCUGCGAUGUGAUUCUAGAAGUUGGUUCGCGAGAUCAUCAAGCUCGCUUGAAAGCCCAUAAAAUCGUGUUAUGUGCAGCGAGUCCGUUCUUUUACAAUGCGUUAAACAUUGACAUGACAGAAAAGAAAGAAGGAGUGAUCAAACUGGAACAAACGAGCAACGCUGUAAUGGGAGAAGUGUUGGAAUAUCUCUACACGGGACAUGUUGACAUCAAUGAACAAAAUGUCUUUGAUUUGCUACAACUGGCUGAUUUUCUAAUUGUUCCCAAUUUGAAAGUGAAGUCAGUGGAAUUUAUUUCUCAAACAUUGUCUUCUUCGAACUGCUUAAUGGCCUAUUACUCCGCCAUAGAGUACCAGUGCCCCGACUUGCAAAAACAAGCGAGUGAUUUCAUGUUUGCAAACUUUAUGAGUGUUGCAAAAUCAGAAGAUUUUCAGAAUUUGAAGUGUGAACAAGUGGAAGAGUGGAUUUCAAGUGAAGAAAUUCAAGUGCAAAGCGAGGAAGAAGUUUUUCACGUGAUCUCGAAGUGGACGGAAGGACGUGAUCAUAAAGACUGUAAGUUUUAUGAAUUGUUUCGUCACGUUCGUGUCCCUUACAUGUCACGCAGUUUUGUGCUCAAUGUGAUUUUACCACAUCCUCUUGUGAAAGGCAGUGCAGUUUGCACAGAGGUUGUUUUAAAUGCAAUGAAAGAGGUCUCAAGUGGCAGAGAAGAUUGCUAUUUUGCCAAACCACCAAGGAACUGCCUCAAGAGUUAUGAAGAUGGGCUUGUUGUCUGUGGAUUGGAUAAAAUGUAUUGCUACAUUCCUUCAGAUAACAGAUGCUACAAGAUGGCAGAUAUGCGAACUAAAGGACAAUUACCUGGCACUUGUAUGGAUACUUGUCAUAGAAAAUUAUACAUCAUGAUAAUAAGUGGUGAUGGUGAUACCACUGAACUGAAACGUUAUGACCCAUUAGUCAAUUCUUGGGAUCCUAUGGAAGAGCAUGCAGAAGAUACUUUCUGUGCAGAAAGAAAUUCUGAAAUUCUGAAAUUCUGCUUCCCCACACUGACCUUCAAUGCUAUUCUAUUUCCCAUUUCUGACAACGGAACCAAAUGACAUUUUCCGCUAAACGUUUUAUUUCAGUGAUGCCUGAUAAACACUGAGAUGAAAUCCUUUCAGUACAAAGGAUCAUAUCUACCUAAUUCGGUAAGUUUAUUUAUUAUACGAACUCCGAGGGGGGAGGGUGGUACUCCCUACAAUAGCCUAUACGGACGGUCUCCGCCGAAAAGGGGCGGUCUCCAGUCAGUUAAGGGUAGCUGCGUCUUGAGAAGGUUUUUUUUUAAAAAAAAAUAUCACGGUAGUGUAUUAUGCUCAGUAAGUUUUGACUCGGCUAAUUUAGUCACAGAGUUUUGCUCUUGAAUCUGUACGUACAUCGUACAACACUGUUUUGCGACCCAAUUUGAAGGUUAUAUGCUGGCAUUUAACAUUUAGUAGUAAUAAAAGUCAGAUUUUAGUACCUUCUGUUUUUAGACUGGAAAAAUAUUGUAACGUUUGCUGUUUAGUAUCUGAGCUUGCACCGUCCCGCGACGGGUGCAACGUUAACUUCACGUACUCAAUAGUGAUACAAAAAAAGCAAUAAUUGUUUAAUGUUAAGUGAAAAUUUUCAAAGAUGUUUAGGCAAUAGACCUUGUCACGGUUUUCGAUCCCAUCUUGACGAGUCGAAUAAUUUCCGUAGAACGGCUGUUCUGAAAAAAAUAUGAAUCGUAAGCUGAAGCUUUACUUCUAAGGAUUCUACUGAAACAAAUUAAGAGCGUUAAUUACAUGCGCUAGAAGUCCUAGAACCACUUUUUAAAAUUUUCUAUUCAUUUGUCUGUAAGAAAGUCCUGGAAAAAAUUACGGACAAAUAUAUGGAAAAUCUAAAGCAAUCCUCUGGAGAAAUUUAAGCACAGGUACGCCCCAAAUUUUUUUUUAGCACAAUCCUUUAUUUUGUAGCUUUAGUUUACAAGUAAUAUUUUUUUCGGAACAGCCAUUUUACGGAAAUUAUUCGACAUUAGAUUCUCAUACAAACACUGUAAUUUCUCAUCCGUUUGCCUACUCGUCAAGAUGGCGUCGAAAACUUUUUUCAACACGAGAAGGGAAAUGUUGUAUCUCCAAGCGGCCAUGUAAUGCUCUAUUUCUUAUAUAAAUACCAUUCCACUUUAAUACUUUUUUGGUGUGAAAGGCGCGAUUUAUUACGUAGCCAUAGCAACGGUGAUAUUUUCACAUGUAAAGAUAUCAAGUUUUCGCGUGAAAGCUCACCUGGUAUUUCAUUGCUGUUUAUAUGAUAAUACUGUAAUUGUAAGCCUAUGAGGGUAAAUACUGAAUUCAGGCUUAACUAUUUGGCUUACUUUUUUGCAAUACAAAUGCUAAAUGUCCGUUAUUCAAUCGCCCUGUAUUUAAAAUGGCCUGAAGAGAUUUCAAUACUGAAUUUACUUAAUAGUUUGUUUUUUUUCAUUUUGCAUACAUAGUUAUUUUAACCUAAUCGUGGGUAUCUUAUAUUUCCUUUUUCAUAGUUUUGUUUUUAUCAAUAUUGGGUAGUGAAGUUCCAGUGAUUUUAUUUUGGACAGGAGUUAAUUGUAGGGCAUAUCAUUUUCCCUUUCUUCCGUACAUGACUCGAAACAUCAUGAAGCGUGACCUCAUGGCCGAAGUAAACAUUUGGCCAGUUAGCUUCACUGUACGCCCUCCCAUUCCCCGAUGAGACCCAUCGAUGUUUUGAUAAACCAAUCGUAGCUAGACUUCCUUGCAUUGAACUGAAAUGUGGCGUUAACAUAGGCGUGCUUUACGACACGAACAAAUUGGAGCGUGACGUGCGAUCUCUGAGAAAUUAUGCAAAAAAGGGUAACCACUUCAUCGAUCUACGUGCUAUAGACGACACUAGGAAACAACGUGAAUGAGACCACUACGCGUCAACAAGACUGAAUUGAACCAUUGAAUUUCGAAAGUUGAUUAACCUCUUGAAGAUGACACUAAUUAAUGAAAAUAUUAGUUCAACACAGAUAAGGGAGUGCUGGCACAUAUUUCUCGUAAACCUCUUGUUCCAGUCAUGCUUAUAAUUGAAACCCUCGAUUGGAGCCAUAUUUAAAGAGAUUUCUUCAAAAAAGAUGAAAGUACUUCCAGUGCAACGACUCAUGUUUAUUGUGAUGGGUAGGUUCACUUGUCAAUAUCUACUUACUAGUACGUAAUCAGUACUUCCAUAUUAUUUAGUAUGCCUCGGUCCUGCGAGCAUAGUUCCUUCGACGUAGCAUAUAUAUAUACGAAUCUCAUUUACAACAGACUUAAAGAAAAUGCAUCAGCAGUAAUGUUAAAUGUGAUAAUAAAUUUUUUGGCGAAUUUCCUAUUCCAAGGAGGAAAUGUUAAGUUCAGGCUUAUUGAUUUUCUCUAAAGUAAACAAAAAUUGAAGCCGUUGGCUGAUAUGUUUACUGGCACGUCGAUAUGUCGCUGGUUGUUUGCUUGUAAACAAAAUGUUACACUCGAUUUGUUUCAGCCAGUUAAGAGUAACGGAACUAUUUUAUCCAAUGUCCUACAAAAUGUCGCUAGCAGCUUUUAAACUUGGUAACCUUUCUGUCUCUAUAUUCUUUCUUCUGUGUAGUUCGUCUUUUGAUUUGGUAGCCAACUUAGAAAACCUUAUGGUUCACUUGGCCACCAUACUCAAACUAUAAUAUUAAUUCUAUAGAAACAUUUUCCUGUAAACAUCAAUCUAAGAGACUGUAACCUAGCAUUAAUCAAAAUAUUGAGAGAAACAAUGGAAAAUAAACUGAACUGAACAGAAGGGUAAGAUUGAAGUGCCCUCGAAAUAACUCUACAAAAGCGGAAUUUAUAGUUGUGUGGAAUUCAUACUGUAGGUCUUAAAGAAAUUUAAACUAUUUAAGUGCGACAUUUUAAAAAGGUAAAAUUUUUAUAUUAAACAUAUUCAAGCACUUACCUUAAAUUCAAUUUGUAUAUAAAAUUAAUGUGCCUUUAAUUGGUUUGAUUAUUAUAUUAUAUGUGAAACAACUAACAUCUUUUGCACAUGUAUAUAUGGCUUCGUUGCCUAAUUGAUAUUCACAUUUUCGUUACGGAAUAAACUGAAGGUGCUUCUCUAGUUUUGCACAGCGCAAUAUAACAAAAUGGCCUCCAUGAAAAAGCGCUUUUAGCUCAGCUGCUGAGAUGAAGAAUUUUGCCGUGAAUUCGGAAUUUAUCUGAAAACGGCAUAUUGCACAGAGUCUACUUUGCCAGAAAUAGGUGGUUUUCACGUUACGUCAUCGCCGCCAUGCUGGUGAACGGUAAACAAAAGAUCGCUCAUUAGCUCGCUUUGUUUGUCCACCAGCAUUUGUUCAUUUCACCAUUGUUAUUUGUGUCUCCCGAGAUUGCAUGAAAACCACCUAUAAGGGAGCUUAAGCAACUACGACGACGACCACAACGACGACUCCAAAAAAAAAAAAGGUUUAAUGAUCAAAACAACAGCUCUACACGUGCAUCACGCUUUUUACUACUUUUCUUUGACGUCCACUGCACGACUACGACGUGAAACCUCCUAAUUUGACGUUUUAUGGAGGACAUAGACAUACGACGACGAAUUUUCCUUCAUCUUUUUGAACCUGAAUAAAAUCCUUAAGAAUUUAACUCCAGGAAAAGUCGCCUACAUUUGACAUAUUGAGUGGGUCCAAAUAGAAGCGAUUAAGUUUGAAAGAACGCAAACUCAUUUUUUACCGACGUUUUCACUGCCGCCGUCGUCGUCCUUGCUUAAGGUCCCUAUAAAAAGAAAAAGUUGAACGAAGAGAUUUUCCGUGCUCAGGCCCCUAGGAGGCUCUGGGGACGAGAAUGACCGUCCUCAUCGAGGUCUUUGAUAGUCGAUGUUUUGCUGAACCGCUUUUAAUGGCAUUCAAGCUUCAUCGUUAUCACAUUAUGUCCUACUUUUAAUUGCUUUAUCUCGAUCUAAAUUCCAUAAAAUCUAGCUUCUUUUUUUUUCAAUGCUUUUUUCCACGUACAUGCCGUUUUGAAAUUAGCUCCCUCCAGUCCUGGCUCAAAAAUGUGAAUGAAUGCAAGUGGCGUGUAUUUUCUGCAGCUCUACAGCAAAAACAAAACACGGUGACCGUCAUAUUCUAUUUCAUGGUUUCAAUAAAAAGCAAUACUUCCUUUCCAUGAGAAAAAACAAAUUGGCCAAAAUCUCUGUUCAGUAUUUCCAUGACCAGCGGAGAAGGAAGUUGUAUCACACACUGUUAGGGCAUGGACGACAGGGAGAAACUUCAGUUUAGAUGGUACAAGGGCCUUUGCAAAGAGAUAAGUGGGCAGGAUGUUGUGGGGUUUUUUUUGUCCCAUAGGACGCCCAAAAAUUCCUUCAAGUCUAAAUAAGCCUGUUACAGGCUUUAUAAUGACUGACUAGUGAAUAUUUUCUACUUCAUCAUGAUCAGCUAUAUGAACUAUCAUUUUCAUGUCAUGUUUUUCAUCAUGUGAUCCAGUUUCAUCCUGUUGAACGCAUCGCGACAAGAUGUAUCUCACAUAACAGGGUUUGCAAAUUUUAUUGAUCAGUGGAGUCGGUGUGACUUCUGCUUCACAAAUUUUGGAGUCAUUUUGUAGUAUUUGGAGUCAGGUAUCACAACGAAAAAAAACAUUUUCAGACUUUCCGGCACGUGGUCCUGGCAUGUAUACACUAUCGUGAGGGAUACACGAACUAGCUGUGAUGGUCCGCUGACCUGGAAAGCUCAAAUCCAUGAUGGCGGUCAUUGAGUAAACUUUGAUCGUAAUUUACCCUCUUCCUGUUUUGUCGUGCAGUAUAAUUCUUUAAUUUCGAUGAUUUAAUUAAGGUUUACAACGUUUACAAUUAACGUAAAUUGUAUUUGUUGCGAAAAAGGUAAGGACAAAACUGUGUUUGUUACCGAAAAUUUCUGGAGUCGAAGUGGCUCCCUGUUUGUUACCGAAAAUUUCUGAAGUCGAAGUGACUCCCUCCGUAACCUCAGUGGAGUCAUCUGAACAAUUUUGGCGUAUUUGCGAACCCUGGUCACAUAGCAAACGACUUGCCAAUGUCAAAGCAAUUCCAUUUUCCACGUCAAACAUUUUUCAGUCAACUGCAAAAUUUAAUUCUCCCACCUCAUAAAGUGACGUUAAGUCAGUCUUGGUCAAAAGUAAGUAAGGUAUCCAGCACCAGAGUCGUGUCGUCUCCAGUUAACAGGACACGAAGGUUUUUAAGUUGUUUCCAUUUGGCAAAUGACACACUUAACCAGUCAAUAGCUUGAGGAAGCGACCUGUUUCUUGCGUUUUAGAACUACAACAUGAACCUAUUUCUUUCUUCCUCUUUUUAUAAGGACAGUUUUCUCUUUUAUGUGACUAGAGUAGUUUAGCUGCAAGGAUCGCAUGCACAUUUGGAAUGAGGUAGCGCAAACCCUUACCAUCCGAAACAAGAGAAAAAAGAGAGAAAGCAUGUGCAGAUAUCAGACGAAUAAGAAAAAAACGCCAGUGGAACAAAUAGCAACAACAACAGCAACAACAAAAAAGGGGUGCAUGGGGCGACCUUUCCAAUAAGUAUUUCCACGGCAAAUCUUAGUCUUCUUCACUGGCUUCCGUACAGAGCCAAUGCCUUUGGGUUUACUCCUUUCCGAAUGUUCUUUCUUAAUAUUCAAUCAAGACUUACAAGCCACGCAAAAGCUAUCCCAUGGUGAUCAAGGGACCUAUAAAUUGGUUAAUGCUAUUUUCUUUUUUUCUUUUCAUGUAUCAGUAAAAAAGAGUUCGAAGCAAUUAGCAUGAAAAAACAAAUGAAAUUAAGUAGGAUUGUGAAUUACUCUGCAUUGGUGUAGAACUAUUUUCAGGAAAACGGACUGCAUCAACAGGAGUUACGCUUUUAGGCUUAGCUAAAUUUACGUUUAUAUUUGUUUUAAGGUUUUAUUUUCACGAGACAACCAAAUGUUGCUGGCGGUAAGUAAUUUUUUUUUGUACUAGCACUCCUUCACCCCACAAAAACACAUAGCCACAAUAUAUAUAUAUAUAUUUUUUUCUUUGUUUUUCUUUUCUCUCUUCCUUUUUGUGGCUUACUGCCUCUUAGAGGCGAUAAGCCAUAAUGUUAUGCGACAGUGUAACAAAUAGCCCACUGACGAACUCUACCGAUUUCGAUCCGAUAUUCCCCUUUUUGUUUCGGAACAUCGUCGGUUGUUCAACUUUUGUCGAGGAUAGCUUCGAAUGGCCUCGAAUGUUACUCGGAAUUAGCACAUAAUCACACGAGGAAUUUUCGAUUUGCCAUGUGCUCUCAAUUUUGUCGCCGUGAGUUCUUCAUUCAUAAUGAGUUUAAACUAUUUAGGUGUAAGAAUCAAGCACUGCUGUCUUCGUAUUUAUGGAGAACUUGUUAGCAGACUGAGAAUUCAGUUUCCAAUUUUCCAGAAAAUGUUUGACUCCAUCGAAGAGCGAUCGAGUGUUUAGUGCAGCUAAUGCAUGAUUCAGUUCCCCCUCCCCCGAGGCAACCCCCGGGACAAGUCCAGCCCUUCGGGCCCGGGGGGAGGGGGAAUUGUUUGAAGCGGUCCUGUCCCGGUGGUAGGGGGUGAGGAAAAUAAAAAUGAUCUUCUCUUUGAUUUUGGGCUUUGAUUUUUUAAAGUACGUGUUAUUUCUCACGCGGUUUACAUGAUAGCUGCGGGCAUGGACUACGUAUUUGUAAGGAAAAACGAAGGAAUUUUUCGGAGAGUGGUUGGAGAGGAAUUAAUACCCAAAAUUAUAGUCUGUAUUUAAAGGUAUGGUUUAAAAUUUAAAACGAAUGUGCGUGUGACGCGUACUCGAAUGGAUUUUAUUUUCUGGAAAAGAAGGACAGAAAUAUUUCUUCAGCUUAGCUUCAAAGAAAACUUAUAUGAAAACAAAUACAAGGCUUUUGUUAUAUAUAGAGAAACAGAGAUUCUGUCAAGGAGGCGCUUUUUUAAGAGUUUUUCUUCUUCGAUUUCGUUUUCAAAUUUAUUGUUCAUCUUUUAACUACAUCAUAACAUCCAUUAUCCUUCUCUCAAUAAACUCAGGAAAACGUUUAUAGCGGAGCUCACGUGACCGUACACCGACCGCCGACCGCCGACCGACCGUCCGUCCGCACCAGAGGAUAACCAAUGUUUACUCUCACACUUUUAGCUAGUUUGGAAGCCCAAGAGAAAACUAAUUGCACGUCAAUGUUAUGAUCAAUUGACAGCUGUCAAAACAGGGCAUCCGCUGACCAGUAUCACCUGACCGUAGCGCGGGCUCAAGUGUCGACCCAUCGAGGUCGAGUUAUCCGCUGACAAAUUACCAGUUUGAAAUUAUCGCAGGCUCAAGUUUAUUUUUUUCAUAUCAAAUAUGUUGUGUUUAUGUCACUAUGGCCCCGCACUAUUAGGAUUUUGAUUUCAAACUGGCUUCGGGAGCGAAAAUUCAGCCAGUGUUUUUAAAAGUACAGGCGGGGAAGACCUUAUGUUACCAUGGUCACGCGUUGGUCACCCUCUACGUCCAAUUUUUACACUCUGAUUGGUCAAAAUUUGACAGGUGAGUUCAUGCGAAAAAAUUAUGCAGCAUCUUGAAAAUUGUUUACUUUGACAGCUGAAGCUGAAGAGUUUUGUGUCAACUUGUGAUGUUUUUAACUGUCUUUUUCUUCUGGAUGUACAAAAUAAAAUACAGCUGCUAUCAGGAGUCUUCUGUUCAGAGUUCAGAGUUACCUUGGAAAACAGUAAACACCCGCGCCGGGAAGCCGGCUUAAAAAGCUUCACACCGAGACUCAGGAUUUUUAGAGACACUUUAAUACUUGUCUUCAUGAAUGAAAAUUGUUUUCUCUGUAAAUAUUUCACCGAAUUAUAUUUCUUUUUUUGAUUGUUAGUAGUCUCUCUUGCAAUUUUAAUUGCUUGUCUGUGCCGUUUGUUUUCAUCGUUCAUGAACAUCGCUUGCAGGAGUACUCAAAAAUGUCGCGCGUAUCAAACGCUUUAUAAGAUUACACAUCGUUAUAACUGAAACCAUUAAAUAACAAAAAAAAAUAAUAAUAAAUUCGCUAUUAUGUUGAAGCUUAAUAACUCUAUUAAAGUUCAUUCAAACACUCGACCACACUGACGGCUCGCACUAUAGAAACGAGAACCGGCUGGCCAUACGGGUGAUUUUGGAAAUUUUUGAACGGUUUCGCUUUACGAUUGAUCGUCCUGAAUAUUGACUGAGUGCAAUUUGUCUUGAAAAAAUUGUGAAAUACUGCAUUAUGUCCGAGGUCUGUAUGAUAAAUAGUACUGUUUCACCUCAAAUGUGAUGUAUAAAAACUAUAAAAGGUUGGUUUAAACACCCCCAGAUUUGUUGGCAAGAAUUUGUUAAGUAAACCUGUCGAACGCAAAAAAAUUCGGCGUGAUUUGUUUUCCAAGAAUUUGUUUUCGAGGCCUAAUUUACUGUGAUCUUGAAUGUGAUCGAAGAUGUUUGCUAUUUUUUGGGUGUACAUAUAAGGUUAUCAAUUCGAUGUAAGAUGUUUCACUCUAAAAUAACUUAGCCUUUCCCUCAAAAGUCACAUGAAUGUGCCCUUAAGUUAAAUGAUUUGUGGAUUAAAAGUUUAUUGUUUGAUUUAAAUUAUAAAUUUCUUAAUUGGAGCUUCGCUUUUAGCCCUGGCUAAAUCUAUAUAUUAAAAGUUUUGAACACCUGUCGUUUUGCUUUUGUACGGAUCAAAAAGAUGUACCAUAUAUGACCGUACCUGACCGUAUAUGAGGUCGAUCAGGAGCUCGGAGUGGGGAAUUGUCUCUUUCUGCGUGCCCGGGUGUGGGGAAAGACAGGGCUGUGCCCGCGGGGCAUGGUUACAAGUAAAAUUCAACCGUGCAUAACAUCCUUGCCUUGUGGUGAUCUCAAAACCUUAUCAAGAGUCAUUUCCUUCGGACAGCGAAUAAUCUAAGACAGAAGCUACAGCCAAGAUUAUCUUCGGGGAGCGAAGAAUCUAAGACAGAAGCGUAAGAAAAUGCUUAAAAAACCGUUCCUGUUUUAUCUGUUUUACAUAGUAUUGCUGCAAACCGUAAACUCGUCUGCUGAGAAGAUAGUAUCUAUAGCUACUAUUUUAAGUCAACAAAAAAGGUCAAAAAAGAUAUAAUUCAUCUCAACGAAGCCGUUGUUAUUCCUUCAGCUUAGUGUUCUGAUUUGUUGUGUCACGUUUUUGUGCGAGAUCGUAGAUCACAACCUCAGUUUGACCCUCGUUUACUAUACCUUUUGUUUUGUGUUCGUCUCUUGUUUCGUGUCAUAUAUGAGUCAUUGACUCGAGUCAUGUGCUAUUUGACAUGUUUGUUCUUCUUUCGUUCCUUAGCGUGUUUGCUUACUUUUUACGUUACUUGGUAAUUUACAACAUCCAGACAUUUACUAUUCUAUCUCAGCAAAAUAAGGGAGACAUUGGAACCUUUAAAUUACAUAAUAUUUACAAACGAUUUACAAUAACUGCUGUUAGUGAUUUAAAAAAGUGAUUUCGAAAUAAACCCCGCCCUUGAUUACAGGCCGCAUUGGAAACGCUAAAAAUUUAAUAAACGCCGCGACGUUUAAUCGUAUAAAUACGAUAAGCCACAUGCAGUCAUAGACUGCCUGUUUUUUCUUCCUAGUAUGUAUGUGUAGCUUCUUGAUAAAAACUUCAAAACAUAUUUUUCCAACAAUAAUUGCCGUCUCAAUUUAUUCUAUUCUCUUUAUACUUCUUCUUGAAAUAGGCCUAGAAAUAAUCUCUGAAAACUGCAACCGAUAACCUGGUAGAUAUUCUAGUGAUUUAGAUUUUACAGGUUUACAUAAAUAAGUUUCUCGGUUGCUCAACGACCAGUGAAAACAUACUCUUGACCGUACUGACGGGGGCAACCUGUUAGAUGACAAUAAAUCUACUCUUUCAGGUAUUUAGACCAUUCACACAAACCAAAUGUGACAGUAAACACGCUUGAUGUGACUUUCCCACUCUAAAAAUUCAGAAUUGAGCCCGUGAUCGAAAAAAGAUACAAGCGGAAAACUUGAAAAAAUACGUGAACUCAAUAGGUAAAAAAUGUGCCCGCGAUAGAGACAGGAGAUGAUGGUCAGCGGAUGCCCCAGUUUAACAGCUGUCAAUUGGCCUUCAUAAGGAUGGCAAAUAUUUGAAUAAAGGGACUGCGAAUCUGACAGCUUGGAGGGGAAGUGUUGGCGAAAUGACGGGCCGUAGAUAGUAGUUACCCUUAAUCGCGUCCAAAUAGUUUUAACAAAAUUAUUUUAUAAUACUUUGUAUUAACAUAGGUUCUAUAGAACGCCGAAAAACUUUUCCCUCUUUUCAUGAGUGAAAGGCGUCCGAAACAGUGUAGGUAAUAUUAAAAAUUGUACGGUUGAUUUAGAAACAUUUUCUCUUGAAAACCGUCAACCGUCAAACCCAACCCCCUAGAUACAGACCUUCAUAGAUACAGAGUGUUAGUGGGGCAGGAACGCGUUUUUGUCGAAACCUUAAGAGCGUCUGCGUUAAACGCUAAUAGAUAGGCCGAAAUUUCCCCUUUCUUUCCCGUCAGAAACGAAAGUUCGCACAUAGUUUUCCAAAUUCUCGAAUUUUCAUCGAAUUUUGGCGAAGUACGCCCUCAUUUCUUUUGCACAUAACUGCAUAUAAUGCAUGUAGACUGGUUAUGACCAAACGAACUUCCAUUCAGCAGUUUUUGAGCAUGGUUAUAUUACGAAUCAAAUCGUGACCUCAUCGAUGAAUAUUAUCUUAAUUUCUUACUUGUCUUUUUUAGGUUUUCGGCAGCCAAUCAAUUCAACUCAUUACACAAUGUGUCAAAAAGAAUGUAAGUUAUUAUGCUCUAAUUUUUCGUUAAUAAUUACUGAACAGAAAUUUAAAGCAAAGAAUGAAAACUGAAAAUAAUGCCAGACUGAAGUAUAAGAUACAUCAUACGAGAAACAUGAGACGGCAGAUGUAACAGUGCAAUGACAUCUUUAUUUCGCUCCAAUCACAGCGAUUUACAGAACACAUCAAGCAGAAAAAAAAAAAAACAAGAAAAACGAGUUCAACAACCUCGUGGUCCCUAUAGGCACUUGCGGUCAGCCAAAGGAGAGCCUUUUUGUUGAGCAAGCCAUCCUAAAAGGGAAGAGAGGAGAAAAAGCCACAGCAAUGAAAACAUUAAAACGUGGGUGGGAUUACAUUGUUACAUUCCGUGUCAUUUUCUCGUAUAAUGUAUCUUAUACUUCAGGACCUAAGGUCCCUUGUGUAAUCAGUUUGAAGUAUGUGAAAUACUGCUGGGCAAAUUUUCCAGUCUGAGGAGUCCAGGUGAAACCUGGAUUUCCUGUCUGCUGUCACAUUCAAGAUGCCCGGAAUGUGUGUGGCAGACACCCUUAUCUGCCUUUGUAGACACCAUUGCCAAAGGUCGCGAGACAGAGAGCCCAGGAAACGAGAUUUGGUCCCCCCCAUCUUUUUCAUAAACACAAGAACGCGCUUACAGGGGCAUGCAGUCUCGCCUGCUUGGAGAUUAGAUCGAGAAAUG